AUGUUGUUCCACGCGGCGGGCGCGGAGGGCAGUCGGCCGACGUUCUUCGAGAUGGCGGCGGCCGAUUUCCUCCCCGCCUCGCUAAAAGCCGCCGCGCUAUACGCCCUAGGGGUGUUGGCACAGCACCGCCCGUCGCUGCACCGCCUGCUGGACCACAGCGACGAGCUCUCUGCUGCUGCGCUGCUGCUGCUCGAGUGGCACUCGCUCAAAACUCAUGGUGCAUCUUUCGGCGAGUCUAUGUACGGCCUUCGCCGUAUCUCCACCGUUCCCCACCGCCCUUCACCCAGCCAAGCAGCAUUACGAACAGGGGCCACAGCAGGGAGGGCAGCAGGAGGGGCGGAGGGGGCAGGCAGAGGAGAGAGUGCGGCAGGGGGGCAGGAAGGAGGGUCGGCAUCAUAUGGCAUGCUCCAUGCCCUGUGUGCUAUAUCCUGGGAUGAGGAUGGGUACGGGGAUGGGUAUGGUGGGGCGAGUGGAGGUGAGGAGCGCAGUGAGAGUGGCAGCAGCCCUGCCAGCAUGGGUUCUGUUGGUUCCCUGCAUGGGCACGAACAGCUAGAUGAUGGGCUGGGGACUGAUGGAUUGAGGGACGAAACGCCAGGGGGUGGGGGUGUGGCAGCGGCCGCAGCAAGAGUUACCGACGGGCGUGCAGAGGGAGGAGCAGGAGAGGAGGAGGCGGGGGGGCAAGAGGGGCAGGUGGUGACAAGAGGGGCUGCUGCUGGCAAUUCAGAUGCCAGAGGCAACGCUGGAAGGAGGAGCAGUGCGAUUGGCAGCAGCAGGAGCAGUGCGAGGGGCAGCAGGAGGUGGCGGCAGGUGGUGCGAGUGCUGCGGUGGGUGCAGCAACGGGCGGUGAGAGGGGCCGCUGCCGCGUACCCCUGGGUGCAGGCACCGUAUGAAGGCAUGUGUCUGCUGUACCAGCUGCUCUACGUCAUGGAUGCAAUACCUCACUACCAACGUUUGCCUGUGUCUUCUGUACCAGCUGCUCUACGUCAUCGACUCCACGCCGCACUACCAACCGUCAUAAGCUCUCUGCUAUACGUCAUGGAUGCAAUACCUCACCACCAACCUUACGCUACCCCUCACUCGUCCUCUUCCCUCUCCUCCACACCACCAGGCCUGUGUCUGUUGUACCAGCUGCUAUACAUCAUGGACGCCACACCGCACUACUCACCCGUGCUGCACCUCCUCUCCCUCUCGCUGCGCCGUGCCACACCACAGGAGCUGGCAAAGGCCUCUUCCUCCAUCUCUACACGCCGCCAGCGAGAGUUUGAGCGCCUGCCAGGCCCACCUGCAAUCCAGACGUCUGUUAUUGCUGCUGCUGCUGCUGCUGCUGCUGCUGCUGCUGCUGCUGCUGCUGCUGCUGCUGCUGCUGCUGCUGCUGCUGCUGCUGCUGCUACCGCUGUCUUCCUUCAACGCCCCCUCCUCCUCCUUCUCAUCUCCCUCACCCCUUUCCUCACCUUUCUCCUCUGCCCACUUGACCUGUGCAAAGACUCCCGGCUGGAUUCAACUCUUCCUCCCUUUCCUCCUCAUGCCCUUCCACUCAUCCAGCAGUAA